GGCGCAGGUUCGCAUCCAAGACUUAUCGAAGUGCGCCACCAGAAACCGAUAGAUCGCUUCGUUGGUAAAGGAAUACGCGUAAUUAAUACUGCGCGGAACUACAGCGAUGGCAACCCCCGGAGGAAGUAUGUUCUUUGUUCUUAUCUAUCCACGAGGCACUCGUCUGAGAGAUGCAGUACAUUGGACAAACUGGUGUUUCACAGGGCUGCCGUUUAGAUACCGAGCAGUCAUUCUCCUCAGAGACGCUGCAACCCUCUUUGACAGUCCUUGCUCCGCAUGAGAUCCGCGUGUUUUUCCAUCAUGUGUCCGACCCGAGCGCAUCUUAUGAUGAGAUGCUUCUAGGUGUAAAUGAACUGUAUCAGGAAGACUUUUCGUAUGUCGCUCUAAUUUUAAACGCUGAGUAAUUUUUGCAGUCGGGA